GCUAUUCGUCCCUAUUUGCCUCCUGCAAUGUCAUGUCUUUCACCUUCAACUGGCCUCGGUUUUCGGACCAGUUCCACUACGAUGCCAUCCAGAUGCUCAACAAUGCUCUCAACAAAGGCGACAAGCCCCCCAUCAUAGCUGACAAGAUAGAGGUCGUCGAGUUGGAAAUGGGCACCGAGCCGCCAGAGCUCGAGAUACGAGAGAUUGGAGAGCUAACCAUGGAUCAGUUUCGUGGUAUUUUUCGAAUGUCUUACGCGGGGGAUGCACAUUUGGUACUCAAGACCAAAGUGCAGGCAAAUCCUCUGAAUCACAAACAACCCGAUAUUCAUCUCAUGGCCGGAACCAAAGGCAUGCUGGCUGCCAAACAGCCGCUCGUCGUACCGAUGCUUCUACGCCUUUCCCAGUUCAAAUUGCGAUCAAUAGUCGUCCUUGUCGUGUCCAAGCAGAAGGGUAUUACUCUGGUAUUUAAAACCGACCCUCUUCAAAGCGUGGACAUCAAUAGCACCUUCGACUCGAUAGCCGUCAUCCAGAAAUUCAUUCAGAGGGAGAUCGAAGGACAGCUCCGCCAAAUGUUCCGUGAAGAUCUCCCUGGCAUCAUUCAUCGGCUAAGCCAACAGUGGAUAAAAGCCAAAGUGGAAGCGCCUUAUCUUGCCAAGAAACCUAUUCUUCGCCCUGUUCCAUACCCUCCAUCCGAGCCCCAGCUAGCUCCCCUUUCAUUCAAGAAUGUAGCUGAGGUACCGAGUGCUGAACAGAGACUUCCUGAACAUCAGUAUCACGGUUCCCAUUCUUCCCCUCGUAACCGACGUCUUCCUUCAUCUUACGCGCCCUCUGUUGCCACUGAAAGUCGUCGAGCUGCUACUACCCGAUCAACGCAUUCGUCACCCCCUGCACCUCGCGCUGAGGACACAUCCAGUAGUACCUUCCCCGAUCUCGAAAAUUUCGAUCCCACAUACGGUUUACGGCCUGAGGGAGUCCCUACAAAAAGCGUAUUUAACGGUUUCAGCAGCCUCUUUAUGCCUAAUCGUGGACUCGCGGACUUGGCGGAAGAAGAAAGCGAGGUCGGUGACUAUGACGAUGAAUCUACAUCGUAUGACCUUGUUGACUGGGAUGAUGACAUUGAACACACCACCCCCCCGAACAGUGACGUGAACGAAGGAAGGGAGAACCCAGUGACAGAGUACGAGACCAUUCCUGCUGUAGGUGGUGGAAUGAUCACUCGGCCCCGGAUAUACCAUUCCCAGUCCAUGCUGCAGAGCCCAGGCGACGGGUCUUCGACUGCAUCCGCAUCCUUUUACCCACAACGAAGAGAUAGUAGAAUGUCGCUACGUGACUCUAUAGCGACUUCUUCACGUCCAGGGUUUGCAUCGCCAGGCUUCCUUUCUCCAAGUUUCCUACCAGGUGUCCGACGGGCAAACUCCUUGACAAAUCCUUACUUCAGUGAUUAUCAAUUGAGCAGUCGUUCUUUGACCGGCUUGGGUCUCAGCUCCCUCAGGUCGUCACCAACGCCAACAACUGCGUCUCUCCGCAUUCCACACCAACGGCCGACAACCCCCGAAAGUCCCGACACCCCAUCUUCCACACAGGCCAUACCCACUCCACCUGCUCCCCCCUCAGAACGAUAUCGACGCUUUUCAGUGUCAUCCUCACCCACGAUGGACAGUGCUUUUCUUCCUAGUGGUUCUCAUCCAACAUAUACCACAAUGUUAUCUGAUUUAGAGUCAUCUCCCAAAAUAAUAAUUCGACCCUCUCUACUGAAUAACACUAUCAGCCAUUUCUCUACGCUGAGCCAUUCCAACCACACGUUAUCUCCAUACACCCGCUCCUUGCAGCACUUCACCGUUCGCAGCGGUCCCCCUCGGUACGGAGAGGGCGCGUCCCUGGGGCCAGAGAGACAGCCUGUUAAAGCGAAGAGAAAACGAACUUAUCACAUAGGCAGCGGACCCAAACCUCCUCCCGAGUCAGAGCCAGAGCCAGAGCCUCCCGCACCAAUCCUGACUAACCCCCCUCCCGACCUAGAUUCCUCCCGACCACCAUCAGAAUUCGAUCUUGCCGACAUGGACCGGUAUUUUCGCUCUUAUGAUGAUCUAAAUCAGAAUCAGAUAAUUCCCAACGGAUCACCAAACCUGCAUCCAAAUCACGUUCGCCUGCGACGAUCCUAUUUGCACCCUGAAUAAAAUAAUAUCUUUUUUUUUCAUUUUUCUUUGCAUUUGUCGUCUCUUACCCACUACCCUUCCUCAUUCCCACGGUACCGUUGUAUGUAUCACUAUUGUUAUUGUGUAUGAAGACCCGGUUGAAAGGGCUCCGACAGUUGCAUCGAGGGAGCCGGCGAGGCAAAUUC